AAACAAAGGGAUAUUUUCGGUUUUUAUAUUUUUGAAACACCGGUUACAUUCGAAAAUAAACUGGCCAUAAUGAGUGUAUUAAGUACCCGAAGAACAGAAUAUAGCGGUCGUCGUAGCACUCGAAAGUCUCUGACCUCAUCAGCAUCGGGCAGCUACGAAAUUUUCUGCGUCAAUUUCUAUGACAACGGAUUGCGAGCGGUGCGAGAUGAAUACAUCAAUCAGAUCAAGCUCGGGCUGCGACAAUUUCUGUUUGUCAUCGAUCUGGAUGCGGAACUGGAGGAUAAUCGCUUGGCCAACCGGAGGAAGACUCGAACCAGCGGCAAGGGCAGACAGUCAGAAUUUUUACCCACCGAUCCUAUGACCCAUACGCUGUUGCGCAUUGAGAGCUGCCUGCGUGAAUAUGAGUUCAUAACCCGUAAGAUUGAAGCGGAGCUGAGCUUCAAUAUGCUCAAGUACUAUCAGAAGAGUAUGCCCGCCCAGCUAAAGAUACGAUCGCCUGACGCCAAAAAGGAGAAGCCAGCCGAGUCGAAACGUUCUGCCAAGUCCAAGGACACCGACACCGUUUCGUUGGCCAAAAUCACAUGCUUCAGCGUUACGGCCAAGGAACACCACAAAGUGGGCAAGGGCCAACCGCUGUCCAAGCGUCAGUAUAUUAAAGAUGCUCCUGCGAACACGACAAUACUUAUUGUCAUCAUUGGUACCCUACAAAAUAAUUUCUACAAGACUUUGCUCACAAUGAAUCAGCCGUUGCGUGGAAUCGUGCACUUUCUGCCCAAGGAGUGUGCCUAUGAUGUGCUGGUGCCGCGUCCACGUAUCGAGAAGGAGCGCCGCGAGACCAUCGAGACAAUCCAGGCCGAUAUUUAUAAGCUCCGUAAGCGGGUGUCGACAAAGCCCGUUGGCAUAAUGCAGCAACAGCUGCCGCAGAUGUCCAUGUGCCAGGCGGCCAGGUAUUCGAGGAAUAUUUUUGACCAGCUCACCUGGUUUCUGUACGAUAUGAAAGUGUUGCGGGAGCAAUAUGACGAGUACUAUGUGAAGCCGUACUGUCAGAUCGAUGUCAAAAUGAGUCCGAGCACCAGCAUGUUGUCCAGCUUCCAAAUGGCCGACUCUCUGAGCAUUCAGGGACACUAUUUGAAGGCUGAGAUGCCGGCAGUGCACGACGAUGAUGCCUCGGUCUAUUUGUACCUCGAGUCACUGAUGUGUACGUUCGGUAAUCCGCGCGAUUUGAUGACCGAAAUGGAGGUACUGAUGCUAGCAAAUCCCACAUCGAAUUUAUAUACCAAAACUCUGGAUAAAAUCAAGGUCUAUGCGAAUGCCUUCAAGAGCAUUAUUAAGCUGAUGAAAAACGAGCUGUUGUUCGUCGAGCAGGCGAAUACGCUGCUCGAGAGCGUUAUAUCCUACAUGGAUCAGAGCCUAAUGCGAAAUAUCUAUCAUGCGUGCUUGGAGUACAAUGUGCUGCGGCGUUAUUUCAGCUCGGGCUACAUCAUAGAGAAGCUCUACUAUACGCCCUAUAAUGGCGAUGGGGAACCGCGCCGUUUGCCCAAAUUCGGGCAACUAUAUUUGACGGACGAUUCGGUGUGCCAGCGCAUUAUACAGCUGAUCAAUGAGUAUGACAACUAUAAUAUCGAGGAAAUUCAACCAAAUAUACGGCUUUUUUCAUUUCGGCGCAUCCAGAACGAGGUCUUUGAGAAUGAGAAGCAAUUGGUUAUACCGACACGUCUAUGCUUUCGCGACUUUACGCUUUAUGAGAUGCAGGCGUUUCUCAGGGAUUUGGUCACGCCUCAGAUGUUUGAAACAGCGAUCGAUGUUAAGGGGGAACACACGCAUUCCGAUCAUCUGAGUGCCUUAAGUCUGGACGUUGCCAGUGAUUUUGAAGAGACGAACACGACGCCAUAUAGCUGUCCGCCACGGAAGCGUUAUAGUAUUGUUCAGCCGAACGUGUUCGUACGCCCCAAAUCGCUAAAGGCCCAAAGGAUGACGGACUCCAAAAAGGAUGUGGAGCCCAAAGAGACUGCGUCGAAGGCGAAGUCACCGCGACUCUCCCGAUUGAGGAGCAAGGAAAGUUUUCGUGUGUCCAAUAAAUCAGUACGCAACUCCACGGGGCGAAUCAGUACACUUCGCAGAGAAGCUUCCAAAACAAAUUACUCUGAGAAGCCAACAUAUAUUGGUCUAGGCCCGGAUCAUCCGAUGCUCAAGGGCUACAAUUUGGAUGAUGCACGGCAGACGAUCAAUGUGAAAAACUCGAAAUAUUACUUUGAAGAGGGCCUAAUAAAGCUCUACGAGGAGAAAUGGAACUUUAGGCAGAUGAACAAAUGCCUCACCCUGGAGAUAGAUAAGCAGACGUUGCACCUGACCAACGAGCUGGGCAGAAUGGAUAAUGUAUCGCCGAAUAUACGCUUUCAGACACCGAAUGGCCUUAGCUUGCGUGUAAGUCCCAAGGCCGAUGAAUGCGCCAAGGCGGUGCUCAACUAUCCGAAUGGCUUGACCCUCUACUACCACGACACCCAUGUGGAGAACUUGUGGUCGGGUCAGCAGAGCGAGCUGAACGAAAGUCGGCGCGUUCAUACGCCCUACGGCUGCGUCAUCACCUUCUAUACCAACAACGAUAUGGUGAUGAUAAUGCGCUAUAAUGGUGAGGUCUAUCGAUUGUAUAGCGCGCCGGAGGUGGUCGAGGAGGACGAGGGCGUAGUUGAGGAUGAUCCGAGCUUCAUCAAUGCCUGCUCCACCCAAUCAACGUACAGCAGCUACAAGCCUUUGCCGAAAUGCGCGGCCAAAAAGUUGAGUAAGCCGAGGAAUACAUCGUUGACGAAUCGCACAGUAGGCGGGUCGGAUGCGAAGGGGCGGCGUUCGCAGGAGCCGGGCUCCACCUCAUCCGAAACUCUAGCCGCACGGGCGGCCAAGCUGGAGGCGCGUCAAAUGAAAUUGGCCCAGGCCACAGCUCUGUUUGCCAGCAUUGAUGCGGAGAUUAAGUUUCUGGAAUUCAUCAUGCAGCUAUUCAAUCUGACCUUCAAGCACCUGAAGCUGACCACAUCGCUGGGCAGCGUCGUCCACGUGCAGGGCCAUGAGAUACGGUGCGGCAAGCCGAUUCGGGUAACGGAAUGGCAUGAUUACUAUGCCAACGAGAGCUAUGCGAUGCGGGAUGAUGGAGUGCGCAUGGUCUGGACACAUGAUUCGCUGCGCUGCUAUCACAGCGAUGGCACCUUGAUCACCACCAGAACAACAGCGCAUUGGGAUCAGGGCAUUGCCGAGGACGACAUUGAUAAGCAAAUCAGUUCGAGCAGCUCUCAUUUGACAAGGAAGAAGCAAAAAGAUACCGAUGUGGAUUCGGAUGUGGAGACCAUCUAUAUAAAUGUACCAGGCGGUAGCUCGUUUGUGGAGCAUCAGGUAUCAAAUCACUCAGUUCAGUCAACAUCGAAAGACGAGGAAGUCGAGUUUGUACAGGAAAUCGAGCCAGAGGAUAUGUAUGUAUAUGAUCAUAGCUUCACAGCUUACGAGCCCGAUGAGUAUUUGAUCGAGAACAAGUAUUACGCCGGCACCAAAUUCAAUUUUACGCACAUCAAUAAGGCAGAUCUGAAGUUGGAUACGACCAUCUAUGCCACUGACAAUUUACAAGUUCGCAUCUAUAAAUUGGAGGAGGAGUCGAUGCGAGAAAAUAUGCAGGAUAUCGAAGAGGAAACCAUAUGCGAUGAUACAUCCUCCGAGCCCGAUCCCGACGAAUGGACCAAAUAUACCGGUGGCAAGAGAACACUUAAAUUUCCAUAUCAGAGCGCCGCGGUGACCAUUCAAGCACCCAAUAUUCAAAUCGAUAUGCUAAUGGAUCGUUUGGAGAUUGUAGCGAAUUUGCGUAAAUUUAACUGCGAUGAUAAUACUUAUGUAGAGCGCGACAACAUUCAGCUAAACGUGGAUUUGCAAAAGAGUUUGACAAACGCAUUUCAGUCCUGGGUUGAAGAGUUUCACCAGUUUAUCAAAUGCUCCUGCGCCAAAUGGCGCACCGUCUACUUUGUGGAGGCCACUCUGGACGACUGUCGUAAGAAGGGUAUCGAGCUAAUGAAGGCCGUCCCUCCAAUGGGCUCAUUUAAUUUUUGUGCGGGCAACUUUUUUAUUGAUCCCGUGGAACUGAAAUCGAUGUCGAGCAAAAUGGAAACCAAAUUAAAGUUUUACGAUCAGGAUAUGCUCAAGUUUCCACGAUUUCCCACCAAGACGGAAACGCCCAACGUCCCACAAUUCGCCACUGUAAUGAGCACAAGAAUCUUUGUGGAAAUACCUGCCCAGCUGGCCUAUACAGAUCGCAUCCAUUUGUUUCUGGAUCCCUUCGAGAAAAUCAAGUUCCGCAAGCUCAAGCAUCGCUUCAGCGAAGCGCUCAUCUUCCACUUGCAUCCUCAUCUACGCGGUCUCGUCCACAAGGAGAUCAGCAACCGCAGCUGGCGCAACUAUCAUCUGGAGAACAAGCGGCGUAUGUUUCAGGAGCAGCAACGUCUCAGCCUCUAUGUGGCGAUGCUGCGACACAAGGUCUAUCCGAAUUACUUCCAGUUCAAGGAUCGCUAUCAUUAUCAUGUGCGCAAUAUUGAUUUCUUCGAGUUCAUGACCACCAAAUGCACCGAGAAAUCGCAUUUUGAGCGCUUUAGUGAGGCCCAGCAGGUAAGCAAGUCGAUAAUAGUAACAGAAAAGGAUCAAGGACAGCCAAACAAGGAUCCGCCCCUCUCUAAAUCUCGCCGCAAAAAGUGUUUGUGUCCCAAAUACUUGAACUCUCUCAAAUAGAAAACAAUUUGUGUUUAGCCGA